AUGCAGGUGGCUUGCUUUGCGCUGGAUAGACAGGGGGCCGCCAGCGACGAUGAAGGGGAGGAGGGCUGCCCCAGCCAUAGAGAAUGGAUCCUGCCAAAUGAGGAGUUUGAGGGGCAGUGGGAGACGCUGUACUACGAGACGUGCAUCAAGCAGCGCCUGCUGCGCUAUGCCACCUCAGCACUGCGCUUUUCCAUGCAGGGGGUGGACCCCGGCCUCAUCAGCUGGAACAGGGUGGUCCUCCUGCACGGUCCGCCGGGCACGGGCAAGACCUCGCUCUGCAAGGCCCUGGCCCAGAAGCUGUCCAUUCGCCUCAUGCCGCAGUUCUCCCAGGGCAUCCUGAUCGAGGUAAACGCCCAUUCCCUCUUCUCCAAGUGGUUCAGCGAGUCCGGCAAGCUCAUCGGCCGCCUGUUUGCCAAGAUCCAGGAGGUGGUGGAGGAUGCCUCCAGCCUGGUGUUUGUCCUCAUCGAUGAGGUGGAGAGCCUGACUGCGGCCAGGAAGUCUGCAGUGGGAGGGUCCGAACCCACAGAUGCCAUCCGGGCGGUCAAUGCCAUACUGACUCAGCUGGAUGCCCUGAAGCGCCACCCCAAUGUCAUGGUCCUCACCACCAGCAACAUCACUGAGGCAAUUGAUGUGGCAUUCGUGGACAGAGCUGACAUAAGGGCAUACAUUGGCCCACCAAAUUUGGAGGCUCGGUACGCCAUCCUCGCCUCCUGUCUGUCGGAGCUUGAUCGGGCCGGGAUUGUGCGGGACAUGGGCAGCAUCCCAGGCUUCUCCCAUGCACUCCGGCUGGGGACCGUCAUGGACGAAGGCGGGGCGGAGGGCCUCGCAGAUCAUGUGGCCAGGUGCUUGGGCCCCAUCAGUUGA